UAGAGAUACUGGUAAACAAGCAGUUAAAAUUGGAUAGUUGAAGGAUAGAUAGAACUAACAAAUAGCGAAUCUUGCUCUUAAAGCCUUAAUUUAAGGUAUAAGCAUCCCAUAAACCGAAGUCUCCCCUUUUUUAUUGCAAUCCCACGAUUCAAUUCUUCACUCUACUAACCACUAUAUAAACACUAGCAUAGUCUUCAACUUAUAUCAUACUAGAUUAGUAUUAAGAGUUAGUAUUACUAAUUAUAACAGUUCUCAGUAGUAAGCUGAGCUAAAAUGGCAGCGAGAAUGGGUUCUUGUAACUUCCUAGUUCGCCUGUUCUCAUUGCCUUUGUUUGUGUUCUGCUUGUGUUUAGGCAGUUUGCCAGUCGAUGGUAAGCAAAACUACAAAGAUGCAUUGACCAAGUCCAUCUUGUUCUUCGAAGGCCAAAGAUCUGGAAGGCUCCCUAAAGAUCAACGCGUCACCUGGCGGUCUCAUUCUGGCCUUCUUGACGGCUCUCUCGCUGGUGUAAAUUUAAAGGGAGGCUACUAUGACGCAGGAGACAAUGUAAAAUUCAACUUACCAAUGGCCUUCACCACAACCAUGCUUUCAUGGGGGACGCUGGAGUUUGGAGGUAGAAUGGGGCCUGAGUUGAAUAACGCAAGGGCUGCCAUCCGUUGGGCUACAAACUACUUAUACAAAUGCGCGACUGCCACUCCUGGGAAGCUAUAUGUUGGGGUGGGUGACCCAAAUGCAGAUCACAAAUGCUGGGAGAGACCAGAGGACAUGGACACUCCUCGAACUGUUUAUUCUGUUUCUCCUAGCAACCCAGGCUCUGAUGUUGCUGGUGAAACUGCAGCCGCACUUGCUGCUGCUUCUAUUGUUCUCCGAAGCACAGACCGGAGAUAUGCAGCUAUGCUAUUGACUACUGCAAAGAAAGUGAUGGAAUUUGCUUUAAAGUACAGGGGAACUUACAGUGAUUCUCUUGGAUCAGCUGCCUGCCCCUUCUACUGCUCGUAUUCAGGGUACAAGGAUGAGCUGCUAUGGGGGGCAGCCUGGCUGUACAGAGCAACAAAAAAGAGCUAUUACUUGAAUAUGAUGAAUUCACUAGGAGCUAAUGAUGCCACAGACAUUUUCAGCUGGGACAAUAAGUUUGCAGGCGCUCGAGUCCUUCUCUCCAGGAAUGCAUUACUCGGAAAAGACAAGAAUUUUGAACCUUACAAGCAAGCUGCAGAGGAGUUCAUCUGCCGCAUAUUGCCCAACAGCCCUUCUACUUCCACCCAGUACACACCAGGUGGUCUGAUGUAUAAACUCAGCGGGAGUAACCUCCAGUAUGUGACAUCCAUCAGUUUUUUGCUCACAACUUAUUCCAAGUUGAUGACAGUUUCCAAGCACACAUUCACUUGUGGUUCCAUUGUGGUCACCUCGAAAACUUUACGACACCUUGUCAAGAGACAGGUGGAUUACAUACUUGGAGACAACCCUUUGAAGAUGUCCUACAUGGUCGGAUAUGGGGCAAAUUAUCCGAAAAAAAUUCAUCACCGAGCUUCGUCCUUGCCUUCCUUAAGAAAACAGAAUCAAGCUAUCAAAUGCAGCGAUGGCUUUCAACCUUACUAUUACGGCUCAAAUCCCAAUCCCAACAUUCUGAUUGGAGCUGUCGUUGGAGGUCCAAGCCAGAAUGAUGCUUACAGUGAUGAUCGCACAGACUUUAGUCACUCCGAGCCAGCCACGUAUAUAAAUGCAGCUAUGGUUGGAACCCUUGCCUCCUUCGUUAGGUACUGAAUUCCAUAAAUUUCAGCUCCACUUCCACCUUUAGUCAACGAACCCUAUGCAGCCUACCUACAUAUAGUAGAAAAACCAUGCUCUUCGUGUAGAUACUCUGCCUGUCCAAAGUGCAGAAUGUCGAGCUAAUAGUUUCUUUUCUUCUUUUUUUCUUUUUUACCCUUUCAGUUGCUCUUUUUUUUCUCUAUGAAUUUCACCUCACACUGAAAGGAAUCUAUUUAGAAAAUGAUGUAGAAAAAGCUGAAGCCAAAGCAACAUCACCCAUUGUGAAGCAAAUGUGCUUGUAAUAGUCAUGUACGUGCACAUGUAUUUACAUGUUUUAUGGAUAUUGAUCUCAGCAUUAUUUCCAUCAAUUAAUCAAACAGCUCCCUUUCUCUUUUGGGAGGCCACCAGCCCGGGGGAGCAGGGGAGACUCCAGUUACCCCAAAAACCUAAGCAACUACCAAAUCUUGACAGAGAUUUUAUAUUAACAAUAUAGUUGACAAACUGCUAAAAAAAUCACACGAAUUGCCAGGUUUUUAAAAAAUUACCAGCAAAUGCAGCUUUAUUCUACACCAGACAACCGCAAACCCAAGAACAAGAAACCGACACUUUGGAACAUUAUCAUCCACGACAUGAUAUUCAUCUUUACUCAACACAGUUCCCAAGUUAAACAAAUAGGACUAGAGGCUAUUAACAUCAUUCAGAACACCCUCUACCAAUACAUAAAGCCCUGUAACUCAUACCUAAUCUCAGAUGCAACUCCUAUUCAAUUUUUGCAACUUGGACAGCUGAUGCCCACGUAAAUUUUAAAUGAGAUAAAAGGUACAUCUCUCUAUAACAUCUAUAUAAAACUAAGAUUUAGCUUAAACAAAAACAUGAUUUAAGUAUAGAGAAGAAACAGUUUAUUCAAACACAAAAGCAAGCAAACAUCCCCAUAAUCAAGCAAAGACAGCCUAAGCUGAAGCAUCAUGAACCGCAUUGGUUGUAUCAGAGAGAUUCAGAGACUCCAAUAGUUUAAGUCCUCAACAUUUACAAGAGCAUAAAGUACACUAGAAAAUUAUUAACCAGGAGGUUAAAACCUCAAUAGUAAUAAUUGGGUAACCAUGCAGAUUACCCACCCCAAAGUAUCCAUCACAUCUUAACCAUGCUAUUAAUUGCAGAUCCCUUCCCAUGGUCUCUGAUAAAGGUAAAUGGCUAGAAUUAAGCUUCAGACCUUUCUCCAACUAUGAUAAUGCUAAAGGUAUUAUAAUUGGGUCUAAAAUAUAACACCUUAUUUUACAAUCUAAAAGAACUUAUUCCUUUCUAAUGAUAGAGCUUGCAACAAACCAUUAAAAAUCAUCAUCAGACCUCUGCAGAAGGGUGCAAAUACAAUGGACGCCAAAAAAAAAAUUCCUGUUAAUCAGAUAAUAAGAAUUCUUACGCUGUGAGUGUGACAUAGUGAUUUCCUUGACACUCCAUCUUUCAUUUUACUUUGUCCUUUAUUUUAGAAGUUAAUUCUUGAAAUCAUUAUAAUUUCUCUAUUACCAGCUUUGCUCAAUACUCUCAUAACCUUAACUUUACCAAUGAACAGUAAUGUAAUCCAGUCCCUAAAAACAAUAGUUUUAAAAUUUUCUAUAAAUUAAUACAAAGUGUUUUAUAAGCCUUGAAAAAUACAGCAUAACUGGUCCUACACCAAACAUUUCCCAGGCAAAGCUUAGUUAAACAGGUCAGACUAUGUCCCGAGUACAGUUACAGAGAAUAUGUACACUCAAUUUUCAGAAAAGGUACAAUAACACAGCACUCCGCUCUUAAGAACACAAAUCAAACGAUUCAACAAAGAGCCCCUUUUAAUCUUUCAUUAAACUUUGACAUUAGACUUUGAAACCAUCCAAUAUCCUAUGUCAUCCAAUCCUGAGGUUUGUCAAAUCCUUUAAGCUGCCAAGAGCAAUUUCACAAAAAGCAAUAUCCACUUAAUAACACUGAGUGUGAUAGAUAUCCCAAUAAAAUGAAAGAUCAAUUUUCACGAAUUAGGCUUUCUCCAGUAACUUUCCUUCAAAUAUACUUAACUUCAAUUACAUUGUUUCUAAGCACACCAAGC